GGGGCGGGGCCAGCGGGGCCCAGCUCGGUAUCUGGACGCCGGUCUCUCGCCGCGUAAACCGAGCGGAGACGGAGCUGAGAGGCGGCUGUGCGGAGGCUGGGGCUGUGCGGAGGCUGUGAGCCGGCGGUGCGGUGGCUGUGCGCGGGCUGUGCGGUGGCUGUGCGCGGGCGGUGCGGAGGCUGUGCGCGGGCGGUGCGUUAACAGAAGUACCCAUGGAGGACACUGAAAACUCAGUGGAUUCUAAGUCCAUCAGGAAUUCGGACAUAAAGCCCUUCCAUGGCAGCAAAUCAAUGGACUCUGGAAUAUCCUUGGACAAUACUUACAAAAUGGAUUAUCCCGAAAUGGGCUUAUGUAUAAUAAUUAAUAAUAAGAACUUCGAUAAAAAUACUGGAAUGGCAUCUCGGUCGGGUACAGAUGUCGAUGCAGCAAACCUCAGGGAAACAUUCACAAACUUGAAAUACGAAGUCAGGAACAAAAAUGAUCUUACCCGCGAGGAAAUUGUGGAACUGAUGUGCAGCGUUUCUAAAGAAGAUCAUAGCAAAAGGAGCAGUUUUGUUUGCGUGCUUCUAAGCCAUGGUGACGAAGGAAUAAUUUUUGGAACAAAUGGACCUGUUGACCUGAGAAAAUUAACAAGUUUUUUCCGAGGGGAUUACUGUAGAAGUCUAGCUGGAAAGCCCAAACUUUUCAUUAUUCAGGCCUGCCGAGGUACAGAACUGGACUGCGGUAUUGAGACUGACAGUAAUAUUGAUGAUGACAUGGCAUGUCAGAAAAUUCCAGUGGAGGCAGACUUCUUGUAUGCGUAUUCUACAGCACCUGGUUACUAUUCCUGGCGAAAUUCAAAGGACGGGUCCUGGUUCAUCCAGUCGCUCUGUGCGAUGCUGAAGCAGUACUCGCGCAAGCUGGAGCUCAUGCACAUUCUCACUCGGGUUAACCGGAAGGUGGCAACAGAAUUUGAGUCCUUUUCCUUUGACUCUACUUUUCAUGCAAAGAAACAGAUUCCGUGCAUUGUGUCUAUGCUCACAAAAGAACUGUAUUUUUAUCACUAAAGAAAUGUAUGAUUUUUUUUUUAGUUUGUUUGCCAAGUGGGGAAAAUGGUUUUAUAUUGUGUCUUCCCUCAUUUAAAUCUACUCUGGUAUUCCCGGGGAUACCUUCAUAGCAAUAGAGCCACUAUGACGCUACCUCAAACUCAGAAUCGGGUAGUUGAAAUUGAAUUUAAUUAGGAAUAAAUGGUAGUGGUACAAUUAUGAGAGGAACUGAUUGUAAAUUAAAAGCUCUGAUAAUUAGCAAGUUUUAGUGGUGCUAUGCUCUGAAUUUUCAAGUAAUUAUGGAAUUAAACAUUGAGUAACGAAUUUCAUUGAUACUGAUAUGCUCUCAUUUAAGAGUAUGCAUUUUAGUUUUCGUCAAACUAUAGAAAUGAUGAUAGAAUAAUGUGUGGUGAUGGAAUAAUGUGUCCUAGAAUUUAGGGGCCAUGUGCAUGGUCAAAGGCAUGAGGACCUUGAUUUUAGAAUUGGUAUCUUCGGAUGAAUUAGCUGUGUUUGUAGGCCAUUUAUCGGAGCAUAUGGUAAUGUUUAUGCUGAACAUGUAUUUGUUGUAAAAAAUCAUGUUUAAUAUUGAAAAAGAACCUAAAUAUUUUAUUUGAAAGUGUGAGCAAUCUAAGUUGACACUUUUAAGGCUGAAUGCAUCCUUACUAGCAGGAGAGAGAGCUAGAACUCGAAGGUGCUAUACGGCAGCUCACCAGCCAGCACGUUCUCCCG